UUUAGUUAAUACAGGGUUCCAGCAUUGUGAUAUAUCCAUUGUAGUCCUACUGUCGUACCAAGUAUCAAAAAUGUGGUCUACUGGUUUUGUUCUCUUGUGUUCCUGUGCAUUAGUAUUAGUACAGGCGGCUGGAAAACCGAUCUACAGGAGAUACAAUGGAUAUAACGGUUAUGUAGGUUACAACGGAUACAAUGGCGGUGCAGGAUACAAUGGGGGUGCAGGAUACAAUGGCGGUGCAGGAUACAAUGGCGGUGCAGGAUACAAUGGUGGUGCAGGAUACAAUGGUGGUGCAGGAUACAAUGGCGGUGCAGGAUACAAUGGCGGAGCAGGAUACACAGGCGGUGCAGGAAACAAUGGUGGUGCAGGAUAUAAUGGCGGUGCAGGAUACAAUGGCGUUGCAGGAUACAAUGGCGGAGCAGGAUACAAUGGCGGAGCAGGAUACAAUGGUGGUGCAGGAUAUAAUGGCGGUGCAGGAUACAAUGGCGGUGCAGGAUACAAUGGCGGUGCAGGAUACAAUGGCGGUGCAGGAUACAAUGGCGGUGCAGGAUACAAUGGCGGUGCAGGAUACAAUGGCGGUGCAGGAUACAUUGGCGGUGCAGGAUAUAAUGGCGGUGCAGGAUACAAUGGCGGUGCAGGAUACAAUGGCGGUGCAGGAUACAAUGGCGGUGCAGGAUACAAUGGUGGGGCAGGAUACAAUGGCGGUGCAGGAAGCAAUGGUGGGGCAGGAUACAAUGGCGGUGCAGGAAACAAUGGGGUAAUGGAAGAUUCUACCAUUGCUUCAGUCGAUUACGAAACUGUAGAUACUGGGUAUAAUGGAAACGAAGGAAUUGGAUAUAACGGAAACAGAGGAAGUGGAUACUACGGGAAAAAAAGAAUUGUAUAUGGGAAAAGAUCAUACGCCAAAGCCCCAAAACUAUACGUCAAACUCCCAAAACCAUACGCCAAAGCCCCAAAACCAUACGCCAAAGCCCCAAAACCAUACGGCAAACCCAGAAAACUAUACGUCAAACUCCCAAAACCAUACGCCAAAGCCCCAAAACCAUACGCCAAAGCCAGAAAAGUAUACGCCAAAGCCCCAAAAGGUGGUUACUAAGGAUCUACCAGAUGCAACCAAAAUUUGGACGGCUCAUGUGUGUUUAUAUUGACAUUAUACAUUUGUAUCUUUUAAAUAUAAUUUUGUAAAAAAAAUGUUUUAUUAUAUAAUAUAUUCUAAAUACAUGUGUUAUUUGAA